CAAAGAUCAGAAGCGAUGGCGACCAAAACAGCUUCUGAAUCUGUGCAAUGCUUCGGAAGAAAGAAGACAGCAGUGGCUGUCACCCACUGCAAACGCGGAUGUGGUCUGAUCAAGCUCAACGGUUGCCCAAUCGAGCUAUUCCAACCCGAGAUCCUCCGAUUCAAGAUCUUCGAGCCGGUCCUUCUCCUCGGGAAACACCGUUUCGCAGGUGUGGACAUGAGGAUCCGUGUCAAGGGUGGUGGUCACACUUCUCAGGUCUACGCUAUUCGUCAGAGUAUCGCCAAGGCGCUUGUGGCUUUCUACCAGAAGUAUGUUGAUGAGCAGUCGAAGAAAGAGGUGAAGGAUAUCUUGAUAAGGUAUGAUAGGACUCUGCUUGUGGCGGAUCCGAGGAGGUGUGAGCCGAAGAAGUUUGGUGGUCGUGGUGCUCGUUCUCGUUUCCAGAAGAGUUACCGUUAAGAGUUUGGUUUUGUUUUGGUUUCGAAUCAUUUGCAAGGUUUGUUUUUUUUUUGGAGUAAUGAGUAUGAUGUUGUGAGACUUAUUUGGAUUAUGUUAAACGGUGUUUACAUUUUUGCUAUCAGAAAGUUUUUAUUAUUUGCUUGUUUAGUACUCGCUAUCUCUUGUCCUGAAGAUGUAUGUCAUUCUUAUAGUUGGAUCAGUGUUUACGUUAAUUACUUAUAAUCUGCGUUUGAG